AUGCCCGGGAAGAAAUUAACAUCAAACCCAACCCAGGAGAGCGACGUCAGGAAUACAGACAGCGACAACAACGACAAGCCUGUCUCGUCCGGCUUCGGUGGAGAUGUCUCCUCCACCACGGGGCCCGAGACUCCACAUUUCCCCGACAACGACGCCGGACCUGCUCCGGGGUCCGGCAAGGGCCAGAGUACAAUCUCACCGACCAGCAAAGCGGCAACGGAUGAGGAUACAUCAGGAUGGACCAAAGGUACUACCGACACCUUGCCACAGGGAAAAACUCGGCAGGAAGAUACGCAUGCCGGACUAGAUAGGACGACGGCUUCGCAGAGGGAGAACUAUUUAGCUUGGUAUUCUCCGGGAGGCGCGAGCUCUCUCCGGUCAGCCUUGACGGACGAUAUUACUGCGUCUUUCCGACGGACUGGGGCUGGAAGGGAGGAUUUUCGGAGUGACAACCAUCCCGGAAACACCGGCGUCGUCUUCGGCGCCGAAAUCAUCAGCCCAUUGAGCCUCAACCACAGCCCGGGAGCCGGAGCUGCGAGCCCCGGGCCCCAUGGCGGGAGGGCACGACCAGCGGUUGAAGACUUAUCGCCAGAAGACCCUGCUUUCGCCUUUGGCCGUAGAAAUGCGGGCGUGACAAACUUCCCGGUCCUCGCCUCCCACGCCGACCCAAGACCCCUUUCGCCAGUAUCACAUCCUCCCGGCGUACUAGGCACGGAGGGCCGACGCGGGAGAAGUGGAAGACCAAGGCGGGUUGCUUCCGGGAGUCUUUGGGGGGGAGGAGAGUCCGCUUCGGCGGAUACCGCGGACGGCUCAGCAUUCGGGGCGCAGAGACGGCGGGAGGAAGAUGCGGAAGAACCGGGCGGCCAAAAGGGCGAAUACCCUUUGAGCGAGGAUCCUUGGCCGAAUCAGGCAGACGCUUCAUCGACCACGACAAUGCAGACACCAGUUCCCACCAGGCCGGCGCGGUUGGAGAGUUGGAUGUCACCUGAAUUCGCCCCGGAGCCCCUGAGGUCCAACCAGCCAUACCCGUCCAGCAAUCCGUCCCCUCAACAACAAUCCCUAAGCUCGUCGCCGCAAACCGCGAUCCCAAUCAUCAACCACUCGUCCUUCCGCCCCGUCCCUGCCCUUUUGGCCUAUAAAAAUGAACCCCCCCGCGCCGGCCGCGGCUUCGACUCCCGCCGCGCUCGCGCCCCGCCCCCCGGUUCGUCCGCGCGCACCCAUCUCUUCGUCAAGCCCCAGUUCCUCCCCCGCGGCAUCAUCGAGCACGCAGAGAUCAUCGCGGCAUACAACAAGGCCUUCGACGCCACACCCGAGACCACCAAGAUGCUGCUCGGGGCCCGGCACCGCUACCCGAACUAUGCCCGCGACGAGGCCGCGCGGUACCGCAAGCUCGAGUUCGAGGCCGAGACGGGGGAGAGCAUGUCCAACGAGGCCUACUACGCCCUCUUCGACCUCGAGACGGCCAACGAUGGCAUGAUCUCAGCGCUGCUGGAGUGGAUGCAGGGCCGGAAGUGGGUCAAGGUGCCCUUCGUGAACCGCAUCCUGCACCAGGUGUGCCGGCUCAUGUUCACGUCCGCGCAGGAGGAGGCGCGGCUGCGGCUCCGCUUCCGGCGGGACUGCGACGCGCUGCGGGACGAGGUCGAGACGGCGGACGAGGACAUCAAGAUGGAGAGGAUGGAGAACUCGUGGCAGCGGAUGGACGCCGCGAUGAAGCGGCUGCACCGCCUCGUGACGGAGAACUCGGACGAGUUCCGGGCCAAGCCGGAGGUGCUGUACUACUGCACCAUGGACGCCGGGAAAUGGGGGUUGUUAUCUCACCAGUUCACCUGCCUCCUGCGCACCCGAAAGGACAUCGAAGACGCCAUCAAGGAGCGAGGAGAGGCUCUGAAGGAGGACCUUGGACGGUUGGAGCUGGUACAUAACAAACUGGCGAAGAACGACGGGGAGACGCGCGACUACCUACGCCUCAGAAAGGAGAAGACCCAAGACCCCAAAGCAUUCCUGAGCGACCACCAGAAGCUGUUGGAAGAAGCGUGGCGCAUUGACGAGGAGAUCAACCUCGAAGAGGAGGUGCGCCACGCAACCACGUCCAAGUUCCUAGAGGCCGCCACUCAUCGACGGAGACGCCGCGGCCAAUCAGCCGUCGCGAUGGACGAGGCCGUGACAAGCCUCCCCUCGCCAUCCUUUCCCGUGUUCCCCUCGCCCCAAAUGCUCGACAGCAGGGAAGUACAGUCCAUGCCUCCAGACCCGGCCCCAGUACCGUCGGAUAAUGCCUCGACGGGAGGACCUGUGGAAAGCGGCCCUGACGUGUUUCGACCUUUUCGCCUGAACCUCACAAACCCCGUUACCCCCGGCUCGCCAGAUCCCUCGCGAGUCCCUGACGAUCCGCCUGCCAACCCGUUCCCGAGUCGGCCGGGGCAGCCUGCCCCUGAGCGACGGCCCAACUUCUCGGACCCAUGGCAUCAUGUUGAGUUGGUGAGGCCGAGGGGACCAUGCACCCGCUGUCGGACGCUGGAGCAAGAGAUCAAGGCCAAGCAAGACGAAAUCGACAAGGGCCGAAGCGUGAACGAGGUCAGGCUGGCCGAGAUGGAACAACUCAAGAAGGCCAUCAAGGCGUUCGGGAAUAAGAACUUGGAAGAGGCGUUUAAGCAGCUCGACGUCUAUCAAGACAUGGUCCGCAUGGAAAUGCGCCAGGAUUUGGAAUUCGUCCUGCCAGCGUUGGAGAUGCAUGGUCGGCGGGCCUACGACCACACAAACGUCCUCGAGACGUCUCUCUGUUACUGGCAAACAGGUGGAACGACAAAAAACCUCCUGGCUGAGCUCGAGCCCAUGGUCCGGUCCGUCAAGCGACUGGCGAACGCGUUUGAUGACCUCAGAUUUCAGGUCACCGGUCAGCUCAAACAGAUCGACGCCAAAAAGGAAGGCCGCCUAAAUCUCCUCGAUGAAAAUGCCCGUCUGAAACGUUUGGUCCAGACUCUGGAAAAGGAAGUCGAAGGCUCGAAAUCCCAGGCGAUGCAGAGCUUGCAGUCGUGUACCAACGCGAAACUCGACCUUGCGAGGACCACCCACGAGAAUCUGCUGGCGGAGAACGACCAACUCAAACAACGGAUUCAGGACUGUCAAAAACAGCUUUCGGACCUGAAGAGCGGCGCUGGGAAGCGAGAGGUAGACAGUUUCCAGGCUAUGGACACCGGCGCACAGGAAGAGCCGGUCGGCAAUCUGAGGAAAAAGGAAGCCGAGCUAAUCGAACUCAAAGCUCGGAACAAGACUUUGGAAGAACAACUGGCAACUGCCAGGGUGAAAGUUGAUGUCCUCAGUAAGGGAAAGGAAGAGAGAGCCGAAGCCAGGAAUCUGGAAAGACACGACGAAGAUCUCCAAGCCGAAGCGAAGGCAGAAGCUGCCAAGUUGAAGUGGACAUCACGCCCAAAAAUACACGACCCCAACUCUGGCAGUCAGCACAGCGACAAAAUCUCUCAGUUGCGUGAAGACAUGUUGGACGCACUGAGCAGGGCAGGAUUGAAGCCGUAUGAGAGUUUCGACGCAGAGGCGAGAAAGGCUCUGCCAAGUCUGGCGCAGAGUAUAUUGUGGCCCAAAAAGCCAUUCGCGACGAACCAGACGCCGGAAGAGGGGCUCAGGGCCAUCUGGAGACUGGCUGCUUUCUCAAGAAAGCGAAAAGACGUGGUGGCAGCACUCAAGCGAGGAGAUGUCAAUAGAGCAUCUGAGAUGCUCAAACAUCUCCAGAUGUGGGACGAAGAGGUUGGCCCAUGGCAAAAGGAAGAUCAAGGAGCGGAGGUUCUGCGAACCAUCAACUUCCUGAGCUCAUAUACAAACCUCGAGCUUGGGAAAGUGGAAGGGUUUGGCCCAGGCUCGUCAGAGAGGCGUUAUGCCGCCAAGACUCUCCUCGACCAGGCGGUCUCUUCAGGCGGCAAAGAGACCCAGGCAUCUUGGAGCCACUUGAGGCAGCAUCUAGGUGAUUGCCUGCAAAAUGGGAACGAAGAGGAGCCGGUAUGCGAGUGCAAAUACAAGCCGCGAAUUUGUCCAAAGCACCGGCGAGAGGGGGGAGGUCGGUACCAUAACUUCAUGGAGGUGGACGAUCCGCAACAAGCUGAGAUAGGGUUGCCGCAGGAGGCAAUCAACUCGCUUCGGGGCCACGCAAGAGUCAUGUAA